UGAAAGAGUUUGCUUUUAUGAAGGCACUAGAAGAACAUGGAUUCUCUGUUCCUCAGGCUGUGGAUUGCAAUCGACAUUGUGUGAUUAUGUCACUUGUCCCAGGCUAUCCACUUGUGCAGGUUAAGGAGCUGCAAAACCCAGACGUGGUUUUUGAAACAAUCAUUGGUGCUGUUAUUCGUUUGGCAGAACACGGGCUUAUUCACUGUGACUUUAAUGAAUUUAACAUAAUGAUUGAUGAUGAUGAAAAGGUGACCAUGAUUGAUUUCCCACAAAUGGUGUCAGUCUCUCAUCCUAACGCCCAAAUGUAUUUUGAUCGUGAUGUGGAGUGCAUCUAUAAGUUCUUUGCAAAGCGGUUCAAUAUGUCAUUUGAAGAAAAUGAAAAUAAUUCUGAUGGUUCGGAGGUUGAGAUAGAUGAAAUUGGUCGACCCCAGUUUUCUGAAAUAAACAAGAACAGCGGUUUCUUGGACAAAGAACUUGCUGCCAGCGGUUUUACGAGAAAGGAUCAAGCUGAGCUUGAAAAGUUAAUUGAGGGAGACCUUGAAAAGCAUUCAGAUUCUGAUGAUGAAGGAACUGGUGAUGAUGAAGAUGAAGAAGACGAAGCAGACAUUAACAACACAAACGUCAAGCAGCUCGAGUCCUUGCACUUGGCGAAGGAGGACGAUAAUCAUCAAGUUGGGGAAGAGCCUGAUCCUCAGGACGAGGGAGAGGGAGAGACCGAGUCUGAAGAUGAUCCGGAACUAGAGAAGAGCCUGAGCAAGCAGAGGAGGAAGGCUAUUCAAGCUGCCCAUCGGGGGAAGAAGAACUUUGCCUCGAGGAAUACAUACAAGGACAAAGGUGGGAAAUCCUCACAGAGUUCAAAGGUCCAUAAGCAAUUGAGUGGCUGGUGAGGUACAUGAACCUGGACGAGCCGCACACUGGUAAAGUAUACGCUAUUCAGCUUCUUUUGAAGGUCAAUCGACGAAAUUUCUUUGGCGUCAAGGUGCUGAGUGAUACAAUUUUGACUUGGAUAUGCAUUGUCCUAAAUGUCUGUUAUGUAUAUUGAAAAUUUUGGUAGCAUGUUUGGCAGAAUACAAAGCCUUUAAGUUUAUUAAUGUACUUGUUAUUUACUAAAGAUUAUGAUAUCAGAAAGAGUUAUGUAGGUGUGAAGAACUACUUUGAUAUUGUAUUGUUGGUCAUACUUUUUUUCUACUUGGAUUAGGGAAAGAAAAAUACUUUGUACCCCAUGAGAAAUUUUAUCAAAAAAACUUCAAAAAAGACAUUUUUGUAGUUGA